AUGCCGGUCCCCAUAGACAUCAGCAGAUGCCGCGCAGCCAUAGUAGCGACACACUUCACUUCAAUCAACAUGGCGGAUGAACAAGAAGUCUUGAAAAUCCGCCACCGAAUUGAGGAGUUCAUUCCAAGUAUUUUAGAUAAAUCUCCAACCGAAGAAGAGAUACAAGGAGUCGUAGAAUAUCUACAAAAGUUGGAAGAUAUAAAAAUCGACAGAACGCUGCUGCAGAACACUCGUAUAGGUGCAGCACUCACUAAACUUGCCAAAAGCCCUUCAAAGGAUAUAGAUGUUUUGAAAGACAAAGCUGUCAAACUCACAAGCAAAUGGAAGGACACACUACGUCAGCAAACGUCAAGCAAAGAAAAUGAAUCCGACGCUCCUCUAAAGCGACAGAAGACUGAAGCGGCUGACGGAAAUGCAGAGAGUGCGCCAAAGUAUCAAUAUCUACUGCAUAACCAAGACAUUCGUGACAAGGCACUUGUGUACAUUUUCAAUGCAUUCUUGGCGGUGCCCGGCAGCGGUUACGACAACAAGAAAGUCAGCAAACUUGCGUACGAUGUGGAGUGCGGCCUCUUUGACAAAUAUCUUGUCAAUCAAAGCAACCAAAAGGAGUACACACUUAAGCUCAAAUCCAUCGCCUUUAAUCUUCGUGAUCCCAAAAACGCAACGUUCAGGAACAAAAUAUACAAUGGAGAUAUAGACGCAAGUAAAGUGGCUACAAUGGAGUCCGCGGAGAUGGCUAGCGAUGAAAAGAAGAUGGAGAGAAUUAACAUCCUGCAGGAAUCAUUAGAGGCGUGCCAGUCUGACUGGGCUGUGAAAAAUAUUCUGAUGUCAAAAGACGGGAAGAAAAAGGGCCAGUUUAAGUGUUUCAAGUGCAAUUCGUCAGAAACGGUUUACCAUCAGAUGCAAACACGUUCGAGCGACGAACCCAUGACCACGUUCGUAACGUGUCUACAGUGCAGUAACCGGUGGAAAUUUUGA